AUCACUCCAUACAAACAUAUAACUUAAACACUUCUGUUUUAAGUUACACCCCAAUGGGACUGAUCUCCAUUUUCUUUCCGUUCUUUCUUUCUCUUUUCAUUCUCUAUUCUCACACCAAUGCAGCAACUUUUGAAGUUCGCAACAAUUGUCCAUUCACUGUUUGGGCUGCUGCCUCUCCCGGCGGCGGCAAAGAACUUGGUUCUGGUCAGGCUUGGAAUUUCGAUGUCAGACCUGGCACAGCCGGAGCUCGUGUUUGGGCUCGAACCAACUUCAACUUCGAUGCCUCUGGACGUGGCCAUUGUGAAACCGGAGACUGUGGAGGCCUCCUCUCUUGUCAAGGUUAUGGUGCUCCGCCUAACACCCUCGCUGAAUACGCAUUAAACCAAUUCAACAACUUGGACUUCUUCGAUAUCUCUCUUGUGGAUGGAUUCAACGUUCCAAUGGAUUUUAGUCCAACUUCUAAUGGGUGCAGUCGGGGCAUCCGGUGCAAUGCAAACAUCAAUGGAGAGUGCCCAAACGAGCUGAGGGCUCCAGGAGGCUGCAACAACCCAUGCACCGUGUACAAAACCGACGAGUACUGUUGCAAUUCCGGUACGUGCGGGCCGACUCCUCUUUCCCAAUUCUUCAAGGAUCGAUGCCGUGAUGCAUAUAGUUAUCCCAAAGAUGAUGCAACCAGCACCUUCACUUGCCCUGGUGGAACUAACUAUAGGGUUGUCUUCUGUCCUUAGAAAUCACAAAACUUUACUCUAAAUAAGUUAGUGCUCAUAUAUAUAUAUAUAUAUAUAUAUAUAUAUAUAUAUAUAUGUGAAGUCUUUAGUUUGUGUGUCAUUUAUUAAAGUUUAUAUAAUAAGAGCGGAAUGGCCAUGGAAAAGCACAUACAUAUGAUCAUGUGCGGCGGCUGUUGUAUUGUGUUGUCCCUAAAGUACCAAUUUAUGUCAAUUUCAACCUAAGUUUUAAUUAA